CUCUUACAGCAUUAAUGACUGAGCGAACGGAGACGAAUACAAGACAUCCUGCUUCCUGAUAACGGUUUCUGAAAUCGAUUAAGGCAGAUCCGAGUCUUGAUAUCCUCGCAGCCUAUAGUCAUCGCCGCCAGUGGUGAUAUAGGAGUGGCGGUGCAACUUUCGGCAGAUAAAGAUGAACUGCCGGUAUUCUCUGCAGUUACUGUUUCUGCUGGCUUGUCGAUAUGGGUCAGCACAAGAGGGUAUCGAUGAAACAAAGCCGGCCUCUGAAGUCAUUAUCGCUUCUAAACAUCCCCAGCUUCAGAAAGCCAUGUUGAACCCUAAAUGGGAUUCCUUGAUGACCCAGCUGACCCGGAAGAUGUUACUACAGAUCCUGGAUGACCCCGAGGUCAUUCAAACCCUCCUGGAUGCCCGCCAAUCAACCUCCGAGGAGGUUCCAAGCAAACGUCACGUUGAUUCUAUUGCAAGUGACCUUAUCAAACGAUCCGACGGAACCCAGCUUCAAUCUCAUGCAACGCCUGACAAACGCUAUCUUGAAUCCAUUGCCGGGGAUCUUUUGAAGAGAGACGGCGAGAAGAUGGAGAAACGGUACCUUGAAUCCAUAGCGGGUGAUCUCUUAAAGAGGUCUGACUCAGUUGGCACCGAAAAACGUUACCUUGAGUCGAUCGCUGGUGACCUAUUGAAGAGGGCUGAUUCGGAAAAGGAGGACAAGAAACGUUAUCUGGAAUCCAUCGCCGGAGAUCUUCUGAAAAGAGAAGAUUCAGGACGCAACGAAGAAAAGAGGUACCUUGAGUCUAUUGCAGGGGACUUACUGAAACGGUCACAGCUAGAGCUACAGGCCCAUAAGCGUUACCUGGAGUCAAUUGCUGGGGACCUGUUGAAGAGAUCGGAGAUGGACGACGAACCCCACAAACGCUACCUUGAAUCGAUUGCAGGGGAUUUGCUGAAGAGGUCAAGGGGCGACCACAAGGUGAAGAGAUAUUUAGAGUCAAUCGCUGGUGACCUGCUGAAGAGGUCGGAAGGGACAAAGGGUGAACGCAAGCGCUACCUGGAAUCAAUUGCAGGGGAUUUACUCAAAAGAGCUGAUAUGGAAAGGGGCUAUCACAAGCGGUAUCUUGAGUCAAUUGCCGGGGAUUUAUUGAAAAGAGCGAAAGAUAAGCAUGACGAACAAAAGCGAUAUCUUGAAUCAAUUGCUGGAGACCUCCUGAAAAGGUCACAUGGAGACACCUUCCAGGAAGAAAAGCGAUAUCUGGAAUCGAUUGCCGGUGAUCUUCUCAAGAGAUCAGCCGUGAAGGACACACAAAGUAAGCGGUACCUGGAAUCUAUCGCUGGUGAUUUGCUCAAGAGAUCUCAAGGAGAUCAUCUGCCCAGCAAACGCUAUCUCGAAUCCAUCGCAGGGGACCUACUGAAACGUGACUCCGGCGACAAACGCCAUCUUGAUUCAAUCGCAGGAGAUCUCAUUAAGAAGUGGCAUAUGGAUUCAAUCGCAAGUGAUUUGAUCAAGAAAAGGCACCUUGAUUCAAUCGCAGGGGAUCUUUUCAAAAAGAGAAGUCUCGAUUCAAUUGCGGGAGAGUUUAUCAAGCGCAAUCUUGAUUCCAUUGCGGGUGACCUACUGAAGAAACGCAGUCUGGAUUCCAUAGCCGGAGAUCUGUUCAAGAAACGCAGUCUGGAUUCCAUAGCUGGAGAUCUGUUCAAGAAACGCAGUCUCGAUUCUAUCGCUGGAGAUCUAUUCAAGAAACGCAACCUCGAUUCUAUCGCUGGAGAUCUGUUCAAGAAACGUAACCUCGAUUCUAUCGCUGGGGAUCUAUUCAAGAAACGCAACCUCGAUUCUAUCGCUGGAGAUCUGUUCAAGAAACGCAACCUCGAUUCUAUCGCUGGAGAUCUGUUCAAGAAACGCAACCUCGAUUCUAUCGCUGGAGAUCUGUUCAAGAAACGCCAUUUGGAUUCAAUUGCUGGGGAUCUUCUCAAACGAGAUGCACCGGACAUGCCCCACGCCCUUCACAAGCGUGACGCUCCUGUCUCCACCCAGAGAUUGAGACGGUCCCUGGAGGCUUAUUCCCCCUAUCACUCUGGCGGGCCAUCAGCUCUUGACUGGGCAGCCUUUGAAAAGCGAUACAUAGAUUCAAUUGCCAGUGACCUUCUGAGAAAACGGACCGCUGGCCCAGUGUACAGACGCCUCCUUGUUCCGUAUCCCUCCCACAUCGUCAACAGGCGGAUGAUGGACAGCAUAGCAACAAACUUGAUCCGGAAGUGACGUCAUCGUGACGUCAUUUGAGUAUGAGCCCAUGUUAAGACUUGACAUUGUAUCGGAUGGACUAUUACUGAGCGAAGAAUGUGAUAUAUUUUCACUAGGAUUGUGAAUAAGUAUAGAUAUCCAGGUUCACGAGAUGGCGAACGAUUUAUUGAAUAUACGAAUAUGCACAUUUUAACUGCUUGGUGGACGUGGAUUUGUCACUUCAUAUCAGUAUGUUAUAUAUUGAUUGCACCAUAAACUGCCCUACAUCAUUAUAGACAAACAUUAUAUUGAAUUUAUUUUUCUGGCAUAGUUCAUGCAUUAGACCCGAUGCACCGAUACAACCAUAUCGAUCGAUAAACGCCUACGAUUCUAACCGAUAUUUACGUUUUUGUCCAAAAAAAUCAAAGAGUUAAGAUUGUAUAAAGUUUUAUGUCCAUUAAAUAAGCAGGAUUCUUCUGUUCAAUGUUACACGACUAUUUCUUCUUUGUUGUUGACAUAUAUCAUCCAAAAUAGUUAGUACAGAAACAAUAUACGUAUUAAAUGCUAAUUCAUGUGAUCACUGCUCUUAUUUUCUUGCAACACUGCUAAGCGGGUAGGAUCUCGGAUUGUACUGAAACUAGACAAUAAAGAGGUUAUUUUUAUGUUUA